ACGACCGUGCAGCGAUGGAGCAGUUCCCUCCGAAGUUCAGCAGGAUGUUGGUGACCCCCGACCCGCACUACAUCCCGGGCUACACGGGUUACUGUCCACAGCUGAAAUAUCACAUGGGGAAGCCGUACGCUCAGCUCACAGCCAAACUCCUGACCUCGCCGGAGAUUUCACGCUCUCCGAGACUGGUGCUGACUUCAGGAAUGGCACCUUCCAAUGCAAGGGAGAACACGAGGGAGAACACAAAGGAGAACACAAGGGUGGAGAUCUGGAGGAGAGGAACAGGACAGGGCAGGUCGCCCCCGAAAAUGAUACCAGGCUUCACAGGUUUCAUCCCCAGAAGUCAGAAUUAUUUCUCCAAGACUUAUGCUGUAACGUGUCAGGAAGCAAUGAAUGAAUUUGAUUCAGAACAGGAGGCAAGAAUUCGGUCAGCUUCAGCUGAACUGCAACCUGUGCUCACCCGAGCAUUUCCAGAUAACAAGCCACGAGCACUGAACACCCCUUUACUGACCAUCUCUAAAGAACCGGUUCCCUGUAAAUCCCCGCGCUGCUGGAAGCCUCUCGCCUCUCCAUAUUCAAUGGAAAACGACGACCCAUACAAGUACUUUAUUUCAGGUUUUACUGGCUACGUCCCCAGAGCCAAGUUCCUGGUGGGUUCUAGCUAUCCCAUAACCACCAACAAGGCACUGAUCCAGUUUGGCAAGCAGAUGAAAAGAAGUCACUCUGCGUUCGACCUGACAAGAGAAAGCAGUGACAAUAUGGACUCAAUGCCGUCCAUCUACCGCACACACCCGGGCAUGCUGCCCCACUUCACCGGACACGUGCCAGGAUACAAGUUUCGAUACGGACAGACGUACGGCCAGCUCACCCGCGACUCGCUAGAUAUGAGCACCACACGCAGGAAAAGCAGCGAGGAAUGAGGGAUGGAGCUUUGGAUGGACCUCAGCAGCUGGUUUAAUCAGAGAAAUGUAGCUGGAAUUAAAGUAAAAUGUUAGGUUGGUACUCACGGCAUAAGUGCAGAUGUUUAAACAUUUAUUAUAAGUAUGAACAAAAUAUUGAGUUAGACAACGACAUAAACAAACCGAUCUAAACAGCCGGACGACAAACAGAAUAACUACGGACCAACAACAGAGUGAAACUGAAUAACAGUUACACGGACGCGAGACCAAGACACUAGGACAGACUGAGGCUUAAAUACAGGCACUGAUCCAGGACAAUACUGGACACGAAUUGUGAACCAAAAGUGAAAGUCUGAUGGCAUGUGGCACACCCUCCAGGAUUAUCCUUGACGAUGUAGGGCGCUGUUGAGCUAGAUGGACAGGAUGCAGUGUCUGGCUGAAGCAGAGUGAACCGUGGCUCAGGUGGUGGAUGGCGUGGAACAGAGGCAGGGCUCGUGGCUCAGGUGGUGCAGGGUGUGGCUCAGGGGCAGGGCAUAUGGCUCAGGCAGUGCAGGGCACCCGGAGAGCACCUUGGGGCGUCAGGAGAGCUAUUAGAUCAGAGCUACUCGAGCUAUUAAGAAAUAUAGCAGAGCAACCAGAGAUAGCAGGAAACAGAGCAGUGUUAUCAAUGGCCUUUAAAAACAGGUCAUAUGACAGAGCUAUCAGAUAAUUCAGACCUUACAGUUCCGAAAAAAAUGUAACCUAACUCGAGCCAUGAUCUGGGGCUGGUGGUCUCCCUCUCACCCUCCACUUCAAGGUGAGCCAUCUGUAUGACGAGUUCCUGCAUCCACUGUACCGCAUGCUGAGCCGGGAGCACAGCUCGGCAAAUGUCCCAGUGUAAUGUGAAGUCUUUGGCUCGUUGCUGGAUGCCGCGCCCAGUUGUGCCGUGUCAUCUGCCCUUCCUUGCCAUGAGGUAUGGGGGAUUCUGGACUACCGCGCCCUAAAUUCUUGUUCCUUACCUUUAUACUGUGCUGCUCUUCAUGCUGUGCACCUCUUCCAGGCUCCCUCUGAAGCACCAUUCACGAAAUUGCUUUUCUUUCUCUCGCGUUACUUUUGGCACAAUGCGAGGAGAUGGCAAGGAUGUUGAGGAGUCUGCCCCUAAAGGCAAAUCCUCCUGCCGUGUUUCUUAUAAACCCCCCCUCCUAAAAAAAAACCCCAAACAUUUAGGGUUGACCUUUUUGUUUCGCCAUAUUGGUCUCGCAUUCUGUCAGGAUGGUACUCACAGGCACGGCACAGGUGCAAAUAUUAAAUCAUUUAUUAUAAACUAAAAUAAAUAAAUAAAUAACAACAACAAAUCAGAUCGGAACACAAAACUGAAUAAUAAUAACAGAUGCGAGACCGAGGCUCUAGGAUAGACUGAGGCUUAAAUAAACGCACUGAUCAAAACAAUACUAAACAAUU